CAGGAUGAUUGGUGAACCUACGGGGUCCUCCUGAAGGGGACAACCUUUCCAGGCAUCCACAUGGAUCAUGAGCAUAUAUACAAAGCCCACUAUUUCCAACUCUCAAUCACUGUCUUUGGGUCAGGCGAAGACCCAAACAAUCGCCCGCACUGGGGUUUCACAAUCCACCAACCAUCUACUGACCUAGAUAAACUCUGGUACCAAUUUGCUCCCCGACUCGGAACCGACCAAGUCAAUCUAGCCACCCUACAGGCUGUGGGGAUAUGUCGCUUGGCGGACCUCAAUCGGCAACAACAUCCGCAGGUUAUUCAAGUCAUUGGUGGCAAGCCUGCACCAAUGGAUGGGACACGACGAUGCCAGGACUGGGUGCUUAGUACGUUGAUUUCUCUGGGGGUUGGGAGGGGAAUGGUGAGCAGGCGGGCAGCCACGGUUGAGGGGGCCGUUUGGGGUGGUUGGACAGAGCUUGGGUGCGUAUGA